AUGCACCUCGGCGCGGGCCGGGGCCACACGGGCCUCCGCGGCGCGCGGUCGCCGAAGCUCUUCGCCGCGCUCGGUCCGACCCUCGACGCGCUCCCGGGCCCCGUGGACCUGAGCGCCGCCGCGGCCCACGACGUCGCCGUCGUCUACGACGCCGACGAACCCUCCUGCGACGUCGGCCGCGUCGUCGCCGAGGGGUCCGCGUCCGCGCGGCUCGAGGGCUUCCGGGUGGCGGACAGACGGUACCGGGGCUCGACGACGAUGGACGCGGAGCUCGCUUUCAUCAUGGCGCGGCUGGCGAACGUGCGAGAGGGCGACGCCGUGCUGGACCCCUUCUGCGGCACGGGCGGCUGCUUAUUGGCGUGCGCGGCCUACGGCGGCGCCCGCGGUUUCGGCGCGGACUGCGACGCUCGGGUGCUGCUCCGGGGCACGUCGCACUGGGACGAGGCCAGCGGGCGGCUGCCGCUGCGGGAGAACGACCGGCUCCGGCACGCUCUGGCGUCGCAGCUCGCCAAGGACGGCCGGCGCGAGCCGCGGCGCGGCGAGGUCUCGGACCGCGUCUGCUCCAUCGCCGGCAACUUCGCCGACCGCGGCCUGCCGGCGCCGCGCCUGGUCGUCAGCGACGUCGCGGAUUUGGACGAGCGUCUCGACGACGAGCGCUACUACUUCGACGACGUCGGCGGCGCGGCGGCGCCCCGCUUCUUCGACGCGAUCGUGACGGACCCGCCCUACGGCAAGCGGGAGCGCGUCGGCGCGCGCGGCGCCGAGGACCUCGACUGGCUGCCCCAUCUACUCGCGCUCGCGGAAACGCGCCUCCGCCCGCGGGGCCGCCUCGUCUUCUGGGUCGCGACGCCGCGCGACGCCGCCGCGGGCGUCGCGGCGGCGCUCCCGCGGCCGCCGGGCCUCGGCGUCGUCGCCGCCGCGAGCCAGGGCAUGGCCGGCGGCUACGCGCGGACGCUCGUCGUCCUCGAGCGCAACGACGAGCCGCCCGGCGGCGGCGCCGCGGCCUCGAGCGCGACGACGGAGCACCUCGCCCUCGCCGACGCGUGGCGCGAGGCGAGCGCCCCACUUAUUGACGAUGGCAUGAGAGCCUUGUUAUUGCUCUGCACGAUCACGCACGCGAGGCACAAGAAGCACGCGAAUCGCGGCUGGCUGCCGGCCCGCGCCCCCAAGGAGCCGGAGCUCCAGCAGCUCGUCGAGCGCGGCGUGCGCGGCGGCCGGCGCCACGAGUCCUGCUACGCGAAGAUGCACGGCGUCGGGCGGAACCAGCGGCCGAACUGCUACCGCUUCGUGAGUCCGCCGAACAGCUCGCGCGCCCUCUGCGGCGCCCUCGUGGCCGCCGUCUACGAGCACCGGCUCUGGCAGCGGCUCGAGGCCGCGCUGCGGCGCGCGGCCGCGCCGUCGGUCCACGUCCUAUCGUCGUGCGCGGCGCGCGGCCUGCUGGGCAACUGGCUCUGCAGCGUGCGCGCGGCGAGCCCGCGGCGCCUCGACCACGUCGUCGUCUGGACCGCCGACGCCUGCGCCGCCGCCGCGCUCGCCCGGAGCUGGCCGCGGGUCGUCACGAUCGACGCGGCCGGGUGGUUCGCCGCGGGCGCGGGCGCGCGGCGCGCGGCCCCCGGCGCCGUCGAGGACGCCGCGGGCCCGUCGACGCGGGACGUGUACGCGCGCUUCUCGGCGCUCAAGGCCUGGAUGCCCUACGCGGUCGCGCAGCUCGGCCGCGAAGCUUUGACGCACGACGCGGACGUCGCCUGGCGCGGCGACGUCCUAGGCUGGGUCGACCGGAGCUUCAACGUGUCGCCGGCCAUGCUCCUCACGCACAACGCGCCGUCCCACGCCUGCCCGAACCAGGUCAACGGCGGCUUCAUCUACGCGUCGGCCGACGGGAACGCGCGGCGGGCGCUCCGCGACUGGUUCGGCGCGUGCGCGAACAUGGUGUCCCCGAACGUCCACAAGCCCACGCAGGGGCGGCCCUCGGGGUCGAACAAGACGGAGAACCAGCCCUUCCUCGUCGCGGCGCUCAAGGACGCCAUGUACGAGCACAAGGGCUUCCGCUGCGCGUACGCGCGCGACGGCGACGGCGACGGCGUCUUCGACGCGCCGCGGCCGCUGACCAUCGUGCCCGACGCCCUCUUCGCCAACGACCGGCUCAACGGCAGCGGCGCGCUCUUCUACCACGCGAACCACCACGAGGGCUGGCGCGCCAAGUGCCGCGCGCUCCGGGCCGCCGGCGCGCUCUUCCUCGCGAACGCGUCCCGCGGCGACGUCUGCGACGCGGCGCCCCGGGGACUCCGGGCGACGUGCGUGGAGAAGCAGCGCAAGGGCGCGGAGAAGCGCGAGAAGCAGGCGAAGCAGAAGGCCCAGGCGCAGGCCGUGGAGGUCGCGAAGCAGAAGCACCACCUGUCGCGGAAGAAGUGGGCGACGCAGACGAUCAAGGAGAUGGUCUUCGUGCUCUGCAUCGCCGCCGUCGCCGUGCGCACGCUGCGCAAGUUCUACGCCCGCUACGCGCCCCUCGUGCGGCCCGCGGAGGCCGCGGAUUUGCCUCUCCUCGACGCGCGCGCCGACGUCUUCGGCCCCGCCGUCGCGCACUCGCUGGCGUCCUGCGCCGACGCCGCGACGCGAAAACAGGCCCGCGUCGUCGCGCUCUUCAGCGACGAGGCCGCGUUCCGCGCCCACGCGGCGACGGCGUGCUUCGCGCCCGUGUUGAGGGCGGCGCGGCUGCCGGCGGCGAACGCGUUCCGCCUGCACGUGCUCCGAAGCGACUUUGCGGCGACGUCCUGGCACUUCGACGAGGCGGCGACGACGAGGAUGGACACGCGCUACGCGGCCCUGGCGACGAGCGCCUACUACGUCGACGCCGGCGGCGGCGACGUCGAGGUCGCGCGCUUCGACGAGGCGUGGUCGAGGCAGCACGCGUCGGACAAGCCCGCGGCGCUCGAGGCGCUCGCGGCGCUGAGCGCCGAGGCCGAGGGCCCCGGCGCCUGGGAGGUCGACGGCGCCGCGCGGCGCCGCGCGGCCGUCAUGCGGCGCGACGGCGUCGCGACGGCCGCGGAGCUCGGCCGCGCGACGCCGGCCGCGAACGGGAUCCUGACCUUCCCGACGGCCUUCCACCGGACCCCGCCCCCGGCCAGUGGACCCGCCGACGAGGACGGCUUCGGCGAGCCGCAAACGCGGCUCGUCGUCGUCCUCGAGCAGUACGCGCUCCCGGCCCACGCGCUCAAGUGGGCGCCGCCCUUCGAGCUCGCGACGACCGUCCGCGGCGUCCGGGCCCUCGCGAAGCCGCCCGUCGCGACGAGCUACUAA